UCCUCUCUUCCUGGACACUUCAGGGAUCUGGUUGUAGGACCUGCCGUCCCUGGCAGCAGUGGAGGCAUCCUGGGAUGUGGCAGAGAUGGCAGCUCUGUGGAAGACUGUAGAUGAUGACUUGGACUUGAGCCACCUGGAGGGGGACAGUGUGGAGGAGCUGGUUGUGCAGAACCCAGAGCUGGAGGCCAUCAACGCCAGAGUGCAAGAGAUGGAGAAAGAGGAUGAGCGGAUAAAGGAGCUGCAGCUGGAAGCUGAGAAACGCUUUAUUGUGAACUUGGAGGGAGGUCUCUUCCCAAAGACAACCAAGAAGAUGGAGGUUGACCAGCGAUCCAUCUAUGUGGGCAAUGUAGAUUAUGGGGGCACGGCAGAAGAGCUGGAGUCUCACUUCCACAGCUGCGGGGAGAUCAACCGAGUGACCAUCCUCUGUGACAAGUUCUCAGGGCAUCCCAAAGGGUAUGCCUACAUUGAAUUUGAAGAGAAGAGCUCUGUGAAGACUGCGUUGGAGCUGGAUAAGAGUGUGUUCAGAGGCCGUGUCAUUAAGGUGCUGCCCAAGAGGACCAAUGUGCCGGGCAUCAGCACCACUGACCGUGGGGGCUACUAG